UGCCCGGUUUCCCUGCGUUUCCCUCCCGGCCUCCCCGCCCCUCGCUUGCAUGUUCACCUUCCAAAGAUGGCGACGCUGGGGCUCCGGAGCUCGGGGUGGGGUUGACGGAGGGUUCCCUUUGCUGGAAGAGCGCCAGGCGGUCAGGAGUACAACACCGCCCCUCCACUCCCCGGAAGGAGACCUCACCCCCUGAGCACCAUGCUCCGGCGGCUUCUGGAUCGUCCCUGCACUUUGGCUCUCUUGAUCUGCUUCCAGUUUGCCUUCAUGGCGUAUUUCUCCUUCGGGGGCUUCCGGAACCUGGCCUUCAUCUUUGGGCACGAUUCAAACCCAUCUUUUGAUUACUCCCGGACCCAUGAUGUCUACACCAACCUGAGCCUUUUGCCACAACAGCCUCGUCACAGAAGCCCAACGGGAGCUCUUCCCUACUGCCCGGAACGGUCGCCUUAUCUCAUUGGCCCCUUGACGGUGAGUUUCAGCCAAGUGCCAACGCUGGAGCAGAUUCAGCAGAAGAACCCGGCUGUCAGCAACGGGGGCCGAUACCGCCCUUCUGCCUGCGAGUCGCGCUCCCGCACUGCCAUUGUCAUCCCGCACCGCAACCGGGAGUCCCACCUCCGUCACCUGCUGUACUAUCUCCAUCCUUUCCUCCAGCGCCAGCAGCUGCAAUAUGGGAUCUACGUUGUGCAUCAAGCCGGGAACUCCACUUUCAACCGAGCGAAGCUGCUCAACGUGGGCGUGAAGGAAGCCUUGAAGGACGAAGAAUGGAACUGCCUUUUCCUCCACGACGUGGAUCUCAUCCCUGAAAACGACCACAACCUUUAUACCUGUGACCCCUGGAGCCCAAAGCACGUCUCUGUUGCGAUGAACAAGUUUGGCUACAGCCUCCCGUACUCUCAAUAUUUUGGUGGCGUGUCAGCGCUCACCCCAGAUCAGUAUCUGAAAAUCAACGGCUUCCCCAAUGAAUAUUGGGGUUGGGGAGGGGAAGAUGAUGAUAUUGCUACAAGGGUGCGUCUGGCGGGCAUGAAGAUCUCACGGCCUCCUGUCUCCGUCGGUCACUACAAGAUGGUGAAGCAUAAGGGCGACAGGGGAAAUGAGGAGAAUCCACACAGGUUUGAUCUGUUGAUCAGGACGCACCGGGCCUGGACUCAGGACGGCAUGAAUUCCCUCUCUUACAAACUGCUGUCUAAGGAACUCCUUCCCCUUUACACUAACAUUACAGCUGACAUUGGUACCAAUCCCAGAGCCAACAAGGGCAUCAAGGGCUCCUUGCCUAGCCUGGGUGGGAGGAACUACCCAACUGGCAGCAACCACAACUUCCGGCAGGAGAUGCUGCGCAAGACGCCCUUUGCCAAACUCUCCCAAGCCAUGGGUUGGGGGGAAGCCCCUUUCGGCGCAACCCAGGCCGUCCCGGACACGGGGAAGAAGGAACAGCCGGGUUUGAAACUGAAGAAACCCACGACAAAUCCAGUCACGGAGAACGAGGGGAGCACGUCCCAGAAUACAACCAGUGACAUCAGACAUGCAGUCUUACGAACAUCUGCACCUGACCUGGAGGCUCCGAGGCAUGCAGAGGACGGGAGGAAAGGAAAUCGGCUCUCCAGAGCGGAAAAGGCCAACAUGGACUCCACCAAAAUCUUGACCGCAAGCACAGCCUUCGACUCCAGGCUCCAGAAGCAAUUGAACAAUCACACGGGACUACAAAAGACUAACUAAGAAGGGACAGGCAAAUGCCAGUGGGGACUGGCGUCUAGAAUCCCCGUCCGGGUCUUGGUUCCAGGGGUAGCUGGCCAUUUCCCUGCUGUCUAGAACCAAUAAUUGGAAUUGCACUCACGCUGUGUCCCAGAGGCUUUUGGGAUAUCUUCCCCAUGUCUGCCAGUGACACUGGGUACUGAGGGGUCUGAGCGAAUCCCAGUUUGACAAUAGAUUGGGGGCGGGGGCAGAGUCCACCCAAGUUCUACCACGGCAGCUCCUGACAGUGGGCUGCAGUGCCACACAGCUCCCUGGCGUGUCCCUUCCUACCAAAGAGGGGGAGACUCAGCCUCGUAACGGCGGUUCUGUCUUGCGUGUGGUCAAACACUGUGCCCAUCUUGCUUAGGAGGGGGCGGUCACAUCCCUUUGCUGGGCAUUGGUGGGACUUUAUACACGGUUAAGGAUAAUCAAGUUAGCUUGGAAACUGGGGCAGGGAGCUGGCUGGCCAAACGGGAUGGAAGGUGGCUUAUUCUGUGAACGGGGUUGCCCCACCCCGCACUUAAACAACGGCAGGUCUCAGGCAACGAAAGGGGCGGAGCUCUGCCUCUGGUCUGGGCCAUUCCGGAGAAGAAAGAAAGCUGGUCAGAUAUUCCUAGACUGUCAUCCUCCGCAGCUUCCUGUUCAAAAGCGGAAGGGAAAACCGCCAGGUCUUCUUUUGCAGCCCGGUGUUGCUGGAUUAUCUUUCUGGAACAGGGAGGCGGAAAUGUGAAGUUCGCUUCCCUUAACCAGACUGCCAUCCUGUGGGCACUGGUUUUCCUAGUUCCUGUCUUGGGUUAUGGCCGGCAGGAGGGGCUGAUCUCUUCUCCUUUCUGCUUACAUCCCACAGUCACCUCCAGGUUCCUCUUGGGUAAUUAUGACUAGAUGGUUCACAAGAAGGGGAACCCGGGUCAGUGAGGUUCCCCGCAGUGGAAUUAGGGGUGUCCCGGCCUUUUUCCUUGUCAAGCUUAACCCUGUGAGAGGAGAAUGUCAUGAACAGCCCCUGAGCCGGGACUCGGGCCUGGUUAAAAACAGCGACGGCCGAAGCACGAGAGAAUCUGCCCGUGGGAUUCGGUGCUCGCUUUGCGUCCUGUCGAAAGGGGGCUCCUACUCGGAUGGAGAAACGCGACGUAAGCGCAAAGACCUGUGCGUUUUUGCCUCGUGUUUCAACUGAGCCUCGAGGACUCGGGCUGGUAGUUGCUGUUCCAGACCCCACAGCCCCCCUGACCCACCUGCAGCUUUCGGCCCCGGCUUGGUGCUGCAAACCUGCCAUUGGAGAAGUCCUUGCCAAUGGAUGGAACUCUGGGUAAACGGGGGCAUCUUGAAGGUUCUUUAUUAUUUUCAGAAAAGCUCUGGGCGAUAGAACACUACUCUUUCCCAAACCUAGGCACUUUAUGCUGUGUAGGAUCUUGCUUUACUCCAUACUGCAGGGCCUUCGGAGGGCACUUUUAUUUUGGGAAAGGCCUCUGGCCCUAGAUUACAAAAGGCAGCACACUACAACCCCCCCCCCCCCCGAAGGAAAGGUGUUCCGACCCACCCUCUUUUUCCUUAGCCAUUUGUAGAACAAUUCUAUAGCCCGUCCCCCGUUUGUCUCAGGGCUGGUCCCAGCCUGCCAUCCAUGUGUGUUCUCUCCCCGCCCCCACACCCCCCCACAUCAGCAAACCUUCCUUUAUUUUCCUUGCUUGGGGUGUACCGCUCACCAUCUCCAGCUGUUGCAGAUAGUGUGUAAUUUAUUCCAUUCAUGAAGACUCUCCCUUCCCACAGUUGUUCUAGCCUUGCACUAUUCCCGUCCUCCACAUGUUUUUGAUAAUUGUCUUUUUAAAAAAUAAAAAACUGUCCACCGAA